GCUUAUUACCGCAUCCUGUAGCGACCUCUGCUUCGAUAACAUCUCGUAUUCUCAUUCGACAACCCGCCAAUCGCUCCGGCACACAGUGCCAACACUUCGCUUUGAACCCCAACACGCCGGCGACAGGCGGCUGGCCUAUUGCUGUGUAGCCGUCGCACCCCACCCGUCGUUCCGAACAUGCAGUUCAACCUCUUCCACAUCCUCGGUGAUGUCUCGCACACCUGCUCCAAGCUCAUAUUGAUAUGGGCCAUACACUCAAACAGCAGUGCAGAGGGCGUUUCGCUCAUCACCCAAGUCCUCUACGCCCUUGUAUUCGCUACGCGCUAUCUCGACAUCUUCACCUCCUCGGCGACCAGAGAUGUAUGGCACACAUGGAACUUCUCCCUCAAGAUCUUCUACACCCUCUCCUCACUAUACAUCAUCUUCUUGAUGACAAGCGUGUAUGCGCGCACAAGAGAACGGGAAAAGGCGUGGAAGUUUGGCAUGUAUUGUCUGGCCGGUAGCCUCGCCAUUACUCCUUUUUGGUAUCUCAUCUUCAAGAGCACCGUUAUUGGCCACAACAGUUUCCUCAAGGUCCUCUGGGUCUUUUCCGAAAUCCUCGAAUCCGUCUGCGUCAUCCCCCAACUCCUCCUCCUGCGCCAGACUACUGUUCCGACCGUCAUUGAUUCCUUCUACUUGGUCGCGCUGGGUACAUACCGCUUUCUAUAUGUUCUCAACUGGAUCGUACGCGGCGCCAACGAGUCGCACUACCACGAUCCCACAUCAUGGGUCUGGGGCUCGAUUCAAACAGCACUCAUGAUUGACUUUGCAUGGGUUUACUGGACACGCCAGCGCGUCAAGCUCCGACAUGGUGGAGUUGUCGACUCGGACGACCUGGGGAGGGGAUGGCUGGUUGGACGCUUUAUCGGCAGGAAGAGCAUGGACUUUGACUACGACCAAGAAGCUGGAGGACAGCGGAACGACUCUAUUCAGCCGCCGAACAAGUGGGGAAGGCGAGGCAUCUCCGUGUCUGCUGACGAGGGCGUCGAGGGUGCGCCAAAUAGCAGCAACUCAGAGAGGAACCCAGAGACUCAGCCAUUGGCAGACCCGGCCGCAUUCGAGGAUGAGAGUGACGAGGAUGCGCCACUCCCCGCUGCGUCUGGUACCGCGGCCUCGGUAGCCGAACAGAGUGGAGUGCGAAGAGACGAAUGGGACGAUGAUGUGGACGAAGAUGCGACCGAGCACGAUGCGCAAUCAAAACCCAUCAAAUGAAGUCCCCCCAUGUAAAGGGAAAUUACGUCAUGGACGGGAGCACAACAAGGUUUAACUCGAAAAGUUAUUUCUGUACACUAUGUAUAUUGAAACUUUGUCCGUCUCGCCCUACUUUGUUAUUGUUCUCGGAUGAGGAUGUUCUCUUUUUUUUGGUUCCAUCUCUUAUUUUAGAAUCAAGUUUCAUCAUCAUCAUCUUCUUCUUCUUCAUCGUCGUCGUCGUCG